GUGAAAGACUGGGAAUUAAAUCCAGAGGAGGAAGAAAAGAGAGUUUGCAGCCGAGCUGCGUCUGCACGACCUUCAGUGACCAGAAGACCUGAACUUUCUUUCAUUCUUCAUUUUGUGGAGGUUUUUUUUUCUUGUUUUGUUCUCAGCUGAGAUAGUGACUUGGGAAGAUGAUGCUGCGCGGCAUCCUUCUGCUCUUCAUGCUUUGGGGGUGUGAGUGUGCGAGACUGGCAGAGAGCCAUGAUGACAACAGCGUGUAUGACCUAUUCGACCUGACAAAGGUUGACAAAAGAAACAAGGGUGUCACUUUUGUGAGAGGUGUCGAUCCAAACAGCCCAGCAUACAAGAUCCUAAACGCAGACCUGAUCCCCAAAGUCCCCGACAGCUCCUUCAGGGACCUGAUCGACUCUAUCCAAGCUGAAAGGGGCUUCUUGCUCCUGGCCCACCUCAAACAAUUCAAGAAGUCCAGAGGCAGCAUCCUCACCAUUGAGAAGAAGGACGGAUCUGGACCUGUUUUGGAGAUCAUUUCCAAUGGCAGAGCAAACACUUUGGAUGUGGUGUACUCCGCCGGGGACCAGCCGUAUUUGGUGUCGAUCGAAGAAGCAGGUUUGGCCACAGGUCACUGGAAGAACAUCACACUCUUCGUCCAGGAUGAUCGAGCUAAGCUGUUGGUCGGAUGUGAAGAGAUCAAUGAUUCAGAGCUGGAGGUUCCCAUCCAGAGUGUGCUCUCCAGAGACAUGGCUGACGCUGCCCAGCUCAGAAUUGGAAAAGGGGCAACCAAGGAGAAAUUUAUGGGUGUGCUGCAGAAUGUCCGCUUUGUCUUUGGGACGUCUCUGGACACAGUGCUGAGGAACAAAGGUUGCCAGAAUAGAGCUCCUCUAACUGACAUCUUGUCCUUGGAGAACCCCAUCAACAACUCAAGUCCUGCCAUCAGGACGGAUUACACCGGCCACAAAGCCAAAGAUCUCCAGGCCGUUUGUGGAUUUUCAUGCGAUGAAAUCUCCGGGAUGUUCAAGGAGCUGAGGGGCCUUGGGGUGGUCGUGAAAAAGCUUACAAAUGACCUGAGUCAAGUGACUGAAGUCAGCCAUGAACUCCUCGCUGAACUAAACAUCCGUAAGGGAGUUUGCAUCCACAACGGCAUUAAGCACCAUGACAAAGACGAGUGGACCGUGGACAGCUGCACCGAGUGUACCUGCCAGAACUCCGCAACUAUCUGUCGCAAAAUCUCCUGUCCCCUCAUUCCAUGUGCAAAUGCCACUGUUCCCGAUGGAGAGUGUUGCCCACGCUGUGGAACACAGGAUGACUACCCAGAGGAUGGAUGGUCUCCCUGGUCUGAAUGGACACAUUGUUCUGUCACUUGUGGCCGUGGGACCCAGCAGCGUGGACGUUCCUGUGACCGCAUCACCAGUAACUGUGAUGGCACAUCUGUCCAGACUCGUGACUGCUACCCUCGAGAGUGUGACAAGCGCUUCAAACAGGAUGGCGGCUGGAGCCACUGGUCUCCCUGGUCCUCCUGCUCUGUUACCUGUGGUGAGGGUGUUAUCACCCGGAUUCGCCUAUGCAAUUCCCCCACACCACAGAUGGGUGGCAUGAACUGCAAAGGAGAAGGACGCCAAACAGAAACUUGCAACAAGCCACAUUGCCCAAUCAAUGGAGGUUGGGGACCUUGGUCACCAUGGGACACAUGCACCGUCACCUGCAACGGGGGAAUUCAAACCCGAAAACGCCUUUGCACUGAUCCUGUGCCCCAAUAUGGAGGAAAAGAUUGCGUCGGUGAUGCAAUGGCGACUCAAGUGUGCAACAAACAGGACUGCCCCAUUGAUGGUUGUCUGUCCAACCCCUGCUUCCCAGGAGCCAAGUGCACAAGCUUCCCCGAUGGCUCUUACAAGUGUGGCAAGUGUCCACUUGGCUACAGUGGCAAUGGGAUCAUGUGUAAAGACAUUGAUGAGUGCAAAGCUGUGCCGGACGCAUGCCAUACACACAACGGCAUCCAUCGCUGUGAAAACACAGAGCCAGGUUAUAACUGCCUACCUUGUCCAGCACGAUUCUCUGGACCUCAGCCGUAUGGCAGAGGUGUGGAACAGGCAAUUGCUAAGAAACAGGUCUGCAAACCUCGAAACCCUUGCCGGGAUGGAAGCCAUGACUGCAAUAGGAACGCCAACUGUAUCUACUUGGGCGUGUUCUCUGAGACCAUGUACCGCUGUGAGUGCAAGCCUGGGUAUGCUGGGAAUGGCCACAUCUGUGGAGAAGACACUGAUCUGGACGGAUGGCCCAACACUGACCUGUUGUGUGUGGAGAAUGCCACUUACCACUGCAAGAAGGACAACUGCCCCAACCUCCCUAACUCUGGCCAAGAAGAUUACGACAAAGAUGGCCUGGGUGAUGAAUGUGACCCCGAUGAUGACAAUGAUGGAAUCCCUGAUGAUAGGGACAACUGCGCAAAACUUUACAACCCCACGCAGUACGACGCAGACAGGGAUGAUGUUGGCGACAGCUGCGAUAACUGCGUUUUCGAGGCUAACGCUGACCAAACUGACACUGAUAACAAUGGAGAGGGUGACGCCUGCGCUGUUGAUAUCGAUGGAGAUGGAAUUUUGAAUGAGAACGACAACUGCCCGUACGUAUACAACGUGGACCAGAGAGACAGCGACAGGGAUGGGGUGGGAGACCACUGCGACAACUGUCCACUGGAGCACAAUCCUGAUCAGAUCGACUCUGAUUCAGAUCUAAUCGGAGACAAGUGUGAUAACAACCAGGACAUUGAUGAAGAUGGUCACCAGAACAACUUGGACAAUUGCCCGUACAUUCCAAAUGCCAACCAGGCUGAUCACGACAAGGACGGGAAGGGUGAUGCUUGUGACCACGAUGAUGACAACGACGGCAUUCCUGAUGACAAAGACAACUGCAGACUGGCCUUUAACCCCGAUCAACUUGACUCUGAUGGCGAUGGUCGUGGUGACAUUUGCAAAGACGAUUUUGACCAAGACAACGUGCUUGAUAUCAACGACGUUUGUCCGGAGAACUUUGCUAUCAGUGAAACAGACUUCAGAAGGUUCCAGAUGGUUCCUCUCGAUCCUAAAGGAACCUCACAGAUCGAUCCUAACUGGGUCGUUCGGCAUCAAGGAAAAGAGCUGGUGCAGACCGUCAACUGUGACCCUGGCAUUGCUGUUGGUUUUGAUGAGUUCAGCGCUGUUGACUUCAGCGGCACCUUCUUCAUCAACACUGAAAGAGAUGACGACUAUGCCGGCUUUGUCUUUGGCUACCAGUCCAGCUCACGCUUCUACACAGUCAUGUGGAAACAGAUCACGCAAACAUACUGGUCCCACACACCAACAAGAGCUCAAGGCUACUCUGGCUUAUCUAUCAAGGUCGUGAACUCGACCACUGGACCCGGCGAGCACCUCAGGAAUGCACUGUGGCACACUGGGGACACUCCCGGACAGGUCCGCACACUGUGGCACGACCCCAAGAACAUUGGCUGGAAGGACUUCACCGCCUACAGAUGGCACCUGAUCCACAGACCUAAGACUGGACUUAUUAGAGUGGUUAUGUAUGAAGGCAAGAGAAUCAUGGCAGAUUCUGGAAACAUCUAUGACAAAACGUAUGCUGGUGGACGACUAGGACUGUACGUCUUCUCUCAGGAGAUGGUAUACUUCUCAGAUCUCAAAUACGAAUGCAGAGACACAUAAACCAACAAUUCCUCAAACUACAUCCACUAUAUAUCCUGAGACCUGGACCAAUAUCUCGUCAACCUAUCCUCUGACAACUGGACAGUAAAGAAAGUGUGAGGUAAACCGACCUCAGGACAAAUCUGCACCAAUGCACCAAACUCAAAUUGUGAGUUCCAAACACAAGCGGAACUUCACUGUUUGUUUUGCUUUGCACAACUGAACUAUUGUUCGUAAUCCUUGGUGGAAGAGGACCAAAGGUAAAGGGACCUGAGUGUUGUCUGCCAUUCUUGAGAAUUAUUAUGAAUCUGCUGUGGACUUUAAGUUUCUCAAGAAUGCAGUAGAACUAUUCUUUGGCCCUUUGAAGGAGCUGGUGAGGGACCGUGGACAGUAUGAGUCGAGUGAGUGUGAAUGUGUGCGUGAAUAUUUGCCUUAAAUAGUUUGACAUGGUGACAGAUAAUGGUGACUUCACACCGCAGGACUUUUUUUUUCGAUGUAUGUAUUGACCUGUAAAUACGAAUCCAUCAUGUAACGAACAAUAUUUUAUGACCAUUAUUCUUCAAAUAGAAACUGGGCUGUAGAUAUCUUUAACAGGUGAUUCGAUGGAAAAUGAUCUACGCGGUAACUUUGAUGACCAACCCUUGAUUUAUUAUAUUUAUUCCAGACUUGCAAGAAUCAGACAUGUAUAUCUCAUUUUCUCAGGAAUGAGUAUGAUGGGAAAAAAGAUAAUAUUUGCGAGACAAUAAAAAGCUGUCAACCAUUACUGAUCGACCAAUAGUAAAAGCGCCUUUUAUUUAUUCUAAUAUUGCCCACACUCAUAGAGUCAAACAGCGAGACUUAGCCUUGGUGUACAUUUCUGAUGAGGGAAAAUAACAAAAGGGAAAUAAGGAAACCCAUUAUGUACAAAUAAUACCUCAUGAAUUGUUCUGUAUUGAGGAGACUCAACUCUGUGUUGUCAUGCUGAGGAAUCAUUUUUGUGUUUUGUAUAUAAGAUAUUUUUGUAGGACAAGAUGCCCCAAACAGGAUCAUUGUGUCUGUCUUUCUUUUAUGGUAAAUUAUUGUUUUUAUUUGGAGGUUGUCUCAAUUUUUGUAGAUAUAUGCUAUUUAAAUAAUUUAUAUAGAAGCCUUGUCGAAGCGCUUCUGUUUGUAUAAACGUAUUUGCACACUGACACAAGGAUGUCUUUGGUAUUUUUGAAUAUUACAGACGCUUUUCUAUAAACAUUUGUACAAUAGUCUCUACCAAAUGUCCUGUCCAUACUCCGACCUGUUAUUUUGUAUGUCGUUGAAUAAUAAAAUGGAAAC